AUGUUGCGUAGACUUGCAACUGUUGCGAAAACCACCAGCAAUCCUCAAUUCAAUGUUUUCGACAGAGCGGCUAAGCUUAUUCAUAAAUCAAAGCUAGCCAAACUUGAUCCUCUACUAUCGAGAAAGAAGGACUAUUUGAGGGACGAGGUGGCUAUCAAAACAAUAGAGCGAUUAGCUUUUAUAACAAGGCCAUUUGAUAAGACAUUGGACUUUGGUAGUCAUAGCGGGAAUUUCGUUAAGAAUCUAUGUACUGAAAGUCGUUUACCCAAGGAGUUGGCCAAUGACGAAAUAGAACAAAAGAUUAUUAAGCAAUUGAACGAGGAUAAGAAAUUAGUAAGAGACAAGAUAAAGGAAUUAGUUUUAUUUGACUCCUCACAGGAGCUCAUGGAUAGGGAUAAGGGGCAGAAAUACGAUUUCGACUUUCCAGGCCGAAUCAGCCAGUUUGUAGGUGACGAAGAACAGUUUGAUCAUACUAUUCUUCAGGAGUCAAAUCACUAUGAUGUUGUAUUAUCCAAUCUCAGCUUACAUUGGAUCAACGACCUUCCUCAAGCUCUUGCAAACAUCAAUCGAGUUUUGAAACCUGAUGGUUUGUUCAUGGGCACGCUAUUUGGAGGAGAUACACUAUAUGAGUUGAGAACAUCUUUACAAUUGGCAGAGCUAGAGCGAAAAGGAGGAAUUUCACCAAGAGUUUCCCCACUCGUGCAUCUCAACGACGUUGGAUCGUUGCUAAACAAGGCAGGAUUCACGAUGCUUACUAUUGAUGCAGAGGACAUCAUAGUUGAAGGAUUCCCUAGUAUCCUUGCUUUGUGUGAAGACUUGCAAGUUAUGGGAGAGCAGAACGCAGUGUUAUCUAGAGCAAAUCAUUUGCCUCGAGAUGUGCUUGUGGCUGCGAACGAGAUUUACAAGAGUUUGCAUGGCCAAAUUCAACUGGAUGGAAGUAUAUUGCUUCCCGCUACGUUCAACGUCAUAUUCAUGAUUGGUUGGAAAAAGAGCGACGCACAGCCGCAGCCAUUGGAAAGAGGAACUGGUCAAAUAAGCUUAAAGGAAGCACUACAAGAAUAA